CCUCGUAAAAUAUGGUUCACACAAUUUCUUCACAUGCAUUCACUUUUAUGUUUGUAGUGUGUGGUCGAGCCUUUUCCAGUAGUUGAACAGUAAUAUACCAAUUUCACAUAGUAAUGCCAAUUAUCUUCAUAGGAACACAGGAAAAAAUCAAAGAUCAACUAGUCCUUCAAUUAAAUGGCUUUCAUUUUCCAAAUCAUUGAGUUUUCAUUGAUGUAACUUGGGGUAUACUCAAUCUUGUUUUUGUAUAUAUAGGGAGCUAAAAUUCCCCAUAAACAAAAGAGAAAAAAGAAAAAGCAAAUCCAGAUUAUAAAAACAAACUUAUUUCUGUGAACUUGUGUUAUUCUAUGGCUGAUUUAAUGGGAUUUUGUUUGAACUCUUUAAGGUUUUCUUCUUCUUGUCCUAAUUCUUCAUUGCUAAGCUCAUUCUCUUCAUGUUUGAAUUCUACCCACACAUCCAAUCAAAGGUUGCAUAAAAGGGGUGUCUCCCUUUGUGAUUCUCCUUCAACUUCUGUUGAAUUUGUUUCAAGAAUUGCCUUCAGCCCCAACAAGCGAUUUCCUGCUCUUAAGGUGCAGGCUACCAUUACUCGAACUGAGGAACCAAAAUGGUGGGAGCGAAAUGCAGGGCCUAACAUGAUUGACAUUCAUUCAACACAGGAAUUCUUGGAUGCUUUAAGUCAGGCUGGAGAACGACUUGUUAUUGUAGAAUUCUAUGGAACAUGGUGUGCUUCCUGCAAAGCUCUAUUUCCCAAGAUUUUGCAAGUAGAUUCUGUUCAAUUUUCCAGUGGCCAUAAGUGUGAAAACAAAACAAAGCUCUGCAGAACUGCCAAGGAGCACCCCGGAAUCAUGUUUCUGAAAGUCAAUUUUGAUGCAAAUAAGUCAAUGUGCAAGGCUUUGAAUGUAAAAGUCCUCCCAUAUUUCCAUUUCUACCGUGGAGCUGAUGGACAACUGGAGUCCUUCUCUUGUUCACUUGCCAAAUUCCAGAAGAUAAAAGAUGCAAUCCAAUUACAUAACACAGACCGCUGCAGUAUUGGCCCGCCAGUAGGAGUGGGAGAUCUCACACUUGAACUCCUUUCUGUGAAAAAGGCUUCUGCAUAGAGUUGCUUGUCUGUUUCAAUCUCUAUAUCAAUAACUUGCAUUCGAGCAACCAUAGAAGCCAUUGACGAUGGUUGCUAUAUACAGUCAUUUUCACUUUUUGCUGGUUGCUACAUUUUGCACCACUCUAGUUAAUGAUGUAAUUAUAUGCUCCAUUCUUUGAGACCAUUGUACGUGGUAGUAAUACUUGCAGCUUAUAUAGGAUUAUACAAUGGAAUUUUGUUCAUUAUGUGGAAAAAUUGAGUCCAAAGCGCCA